AUGUUAUCAUUAUUUCUUUUUGCUAUUCAUUCACUUAAAAUUUCAAUUCCAAUCAUAUCUUUGUAUGGUUCUGCACCGACUUUCUUUACUUUAUGGUCAUUUUUACGUCUAUUUACUUUACCAUUACCUGAACAUGUCUAUCGACAAUGUGAUGAUCAUUUAUAUUCGAUUUAUCAAAGAUUUGUUUUGUUUUUCUUUCAAAAUUGGCUCCAAGUGAAAAUUUAUGUUCAUGGUGAUUAUAAACAAAUCUUCGAAAAGAAAGAAAAUGUUUUAUAUUUAUCAAAUCAUCAAAGUUCAGUGGAUUGGAUCAUAGCCAAUAUGUUGGCCAUUCAUCAAGGAAGUCUGGGGCAUAUUCGAUAUGUGUUAAAAAAUGAGUUAAAGUAUAUUCCAUUUUAUGGAUUUUAUUUUCAACAACAUGAAUGUAUCUAUGUUCACCGAAAUGAUAGAGGUGAUUUGAAUCGUGUGGAAAAUGGCAUGAGACGAGUGAUUAAAAAUGGUUUGCCCAUUUGGUUGGUGAUAUUUCCUGAAGGAACACGAUUUAAUCCAAUUAGUAAUCAAAAUGCAAUUCAAAGAUCGAGUUUAUUCGCCAAAGAGAAAGGAUUUUCGCCGUUCGAAUACGUUCUUUAUCCUCGAUCAGGUGCCACAGUUGCGGCGAUUAGAGCUUUGAAGGAUCAUAUCGAUGCAGUUUAUGAUGUGACUCUCAUGUAUAACCAAACUUAUGAUGAACAAAAACAGAUUCGUUUAGCUGCACCAUCAAUGUUCGAGUAUUUACAAGGUCAAACAAAUGAAUUGCACAUUGAUGUAAGACGAAUAGCAAUGAAUGAGAUCCCUUAUGAAACCAAUGAAGAGAUAUCUCAUUGGUUGUACCAAAGAUUUCAAUUGAAAGAUCAAUUAUUGAAAAGAUUUUAUGACUUUCAACGAAAGAAAAACUUCCAAUCAGAAGUCUUUUCUUCUGAUGAAACUGAUCAUCCUCAAGAACUCGAAUUACCGUUCAGAGAAACUCUUCCAUCUUGUUUAUUCUUGACACUGACAACACUUCCAUUGAUAUUAAAUGAACAUGGACGUUCACUCUAUUGUAAAAUUUGUUUAUUUGUUCCACCGAUAACACUUCUAUGGAUGCAUUUAUUUUCUUCCUCACGAACAAGUUAA